GAGCUGUGUCUGAAGCUCUUGACUCGCAGGAUGACCACCCUCCGAACUCUGUUUCUCUUGGCCGCCGGCCUCUCUGUGGCUUGGUGUGGUCCAAGGGCACCAAUCCAAAGGAGGGCGCUGAACCAGUUCAGAAAAGGUAUCCAGUGCCUGGUGCCUGACAGCUCGCCCAUUAUAGACUACGCUGACUACGGCUGCUACUGUGGAAAGGGCGGCUCUGGCACGCCUGUGGACGAGCUGGACAGGUGCUGCCAAGUGCACGACCAGUGUUACGAUGACGCCAUGCAGCACGACGCAUGCUGGCCCAUCUUCGACAACCCUUACACCGAGAUCUACGCCUACAGCUGUGACGAAGCAAGCAAGACGAUCACAUGUGGCGAGAGCAGCAACGAUGAAUGUGAGCAGUUCAUCUGCGAGUGUGACAGGAAGGCCGCCGAGUGUUUCGCCACAGCGCCUUACAACGACGAGAACAAGCGACUGCCCAGUGACCGAUGUCAGUAGAAGACCUCUCCAGUUAAUCGAAGGCAGGAUCCACUCCCUCAUACGACACACCCAUCACUGAGCUCUCAGGAGCUGCAGCAGCUUGUUUCGUCCGCUCAUUGAAAUACUCACACUGACUUUGUACUGUCACAUUCUCAAGGUCAUGGUUUUCUUUUCUCCUUCUCUCUUUGCACUGCGUCUCUAUUGUUAGCUGUGGAUCUGUAUCCUGACCAGAAACACCAGUAGAUCUGCAUCUCUCACUAACUGAUGCUCGGUUAUUCAGAACUCAAGUUUCCAGUAGAGGGCGCUCUCAUCUAGCUCUUUCUUCCUUUGCUUGCAGAAAGUACUUGAAUAUUGGCAAUUU